AUGUCAUCGCAAAUACCAGGGUGCGGCGCCAUACCGGGAACCUUCUUCUGGAGACCCCGACUGGGUAUAGAUUUGGCUAUGCCUACUACAGGUAUAAACAUGAAACCUAAUAAGAAAAAUAUCCAGGCUGGGCUAGUGGUGCUGAUAGAUGGGUACGACAUCAUGACGUCCAUACUCGGACUGCUGAGGGGCGCAGAAUUCGCGGCAGACGAUGAUUCGAUGAACCCCGCCUCAAGCGUCUACUACACUGGCGUCUACAGGUGGACUUUGAGAAGUCUAGACUUAUUACCACACUGGUUUAGAGGCAAUUUCGAAGAAGCGCUUGGAGUGUGGAAUAGCCGUUUUAAAUAUAUGGAAGCUGAAGUGCCUGAGUGGAUGAAAAAAGUAUUACCCUGGGUGCCUAAGAAAUCUUGGGACACAGAACAUGAAGAUUUGAUCAAAUUCAGAAAGUUUGCUGAAUCAGCGUUUACCCAAUUCUACAGAGUUCCAUCAAAAACCUUCAAUGGCUUCAAUUCGUUCUUGCCUGGUUCGUUAGAUGAUUUUGUUUUCUCUUCAGCUUCACGAGAUGACUUUGAAAUGAGUAAGGAAACGCCUGACCAAAUUAUGACUGCGAAAGAAGAACUGAAAAAGCGAUUAGGUGAGACCAACAUCUUCAAAGCCAACUAA